GGGGGCGGGGCCGGACGCCGAACCAACGUGAUGGCGUCAGGCGCCGCGAGCGCCGUUUCCUGUUGUCGCUGGCCGGGAGGCCGCAGCGCCUGGUCGGAGGCUUAGGGGCUGCCGUGGCCAGGAGUGCCCCGCGCCCCCUCCCCGCUCCCUCUGGUGUCAUGUGAUUCUCCGAGGGAGCUGCAGUGUGAGCGGAAAUGCUCUCGGUGGUGGAGAAUGGACUGGACCCCCGGGCUGCCAUCCCGGUCAUCAAGAAGAAGCUAGUGGGAUCUGUGAAGGCGUUGCAGAAGCAGUACGUGUCCUCGGACACAGUGGUCACUAGCGAAGACGGAGAUGCCAACACCAUGUGCAGUGCCCUGGAGGCUGUAUUUAUCCACGGCCUGCAUGCCAAGCACAUCCGAGCCGAGGCCGGAGGGAAAAGGAAGAAGAGCGCCCACCAGAAGCCUCUGCCUCAGCCUGUCUUCUGGCCCCUCCUGAAAGCUGUCACCCACAAACACAUCGUCUCGGAAUUGGAGCACCUGAUCUUUGUCAGCACGGACGUGGGCCGCUGCCGGGCCUGGCUGAGGCUGGCCCUCAAUGACGGCCUGAUGGAGUGCUACCUGAAGCUGCUCCUCCAGGAGCCCGCCCGCCUGUGCGAGUACUAUCAGCCCACAGCCCUGCUUCGAGACGCCGAGGAGGGCGAGUUCCUGCUCAGCUUCCUGCAGGGACUGACGUCCUUAUCCUUCGAGCUCUCCUACAAGUCCGCCAUCUUAAACGAGUGGACGCUUACCCCACUGGCUCUCUCUGGGCUUUGCCCGCUCUCUGAGCUCGACCCCCUCGCCACCUCUGGGACAGAACUACAGCGGAAAGAGUCUCUGGAUUCAAUUUCCCAUUCCUCAGGCUCGGAGGACAUCGAAGUCCAGCACUCAGGCCAUAAGAUCCGACGGAACCGGAAGCUCACGGCCUCCUCCCUCAGCCUGGACACCGCCAGUUCAUCCCAGCUGUCUUGCAGCCUCAACUCUGAUAGCUGCCUACUCCAAGAGAAUGGCUCCAAGAGUCCAGACCGUUCCGAGGAGCCCAUGUCCUACGACUCCGACCUGGGGACAGCAAAUGCCGAUGAUUCAGACCCGUCUCUGCAAGAGGUAUUGUCGGAAUUCAGCAAAGCCCAGGUAAACUCUGUGCCGACCAACGGACUGAGCGGACUGAGUGGAGAAAUGGAGAUUCCCACGGGGCGGGCCUCACUCCCCCUCCCCGGCCUGGAGGCCAGCAUCCCUUUUGAUGUGCCCGCAGAGCCCCUCCCGCCCCAAGCAUCCUCUGGGACUCAAGAUGGGGACCGCAAGCAGGAGCCGCCUCCCCAGGCAUCCGGCACCCUGGGCUUGCUGCAGUUGGGCACUGCCAAAGCUGUCCCCUCGGUGAGCAUUUUAGACCAGAGGCCUUCCAGUCCCGUGAGAGAGGCGGCGGCCAGAGCAGUCAGCCCGGGGAGCGGCCAGCAGAAGUCUCUGGAGGAUGACGGAGCUGCACGGAGCCUUGGGGUGUCCUCACCCACCAGCCCGAAGAGCAGGAGCUGGAUCUCAGAGGAUGACUUCUACCGGCCUCCCCAGGAGCCGCCCGCAGAGAGCCCUUCAGAACACUCCGUGGCUUCUUCCGGAGGGACUCCGGAGUCCAGGCCUGGGCUCCUCCGGCAUUUUUCUCAAGGGCCAAGGAAAAGCCACUCCACGGGGGCCUUAGACCAAGCCUGCGUGCCUUCCCCAGGAGGCCGGCCAAGCAGGGCAGCGGCGGCCCAGGAGCACCAGAACUUCAGGGUGGUGCACCGCAGGCAGAUGGGGCUGUCCAACCCAUUCCGGGGUCUCAUGAAGCUGGGCACCGUGGAGCGGCGGGGGGCGAUGGGCAUCUGGAAGGAACUCUUCUGCGAGCUCUCCCCUCUGGAGUUCCGCCUCUACCUGAACACCGAGGAACGCACCUGCGUGGAGAACUGCUCCCUGCUGCGCUGCGAGGCCGUGGGGCCAGCCCACGGCGACGGCCGCUUCGAGCUGGUCUUCUCUGGCAGGAAGCUGGCCCUGCGGGCCUCCUCCCAGGACGAAGCCGAGGACUGGCUGGACCGGGUGCGGGAGGCCCUACAGAAGUGCCGGCCCCAGCAGGAGGAUGAGUGGGUGAACAUCCAGUACCCGGAGCAGCCCGAGGACCCCCCAGACGCCCCCCAGGGUGGCCUCCCCUCCCACCCGGACCCACCCACUGAGCCCGAGACUCUCCAGGGCACGCAGUUCUGUUGGUCCUCUGCCCAAGUUCCCGAGCCAGACGCUAUUAAAGAAUCCCUUCUGUACCUGUACACGGACAGGACCUGGAUGCCCUAUAUUUUUUCCCUAUCCUUGGAGUCUCUGAAAUGCUUCCGAGUGAGAAACAACGAGAAAAUGUUAAGUGACAGCCACGGAGUUGAGACCAUCCGAGACAUCCUGCCAGACACGAGCCUCGGGGGCCCAUCCUUCUUCAAAAUCAUCACGGCCAAGGCCGUCCUGAAGCUGCAGGCCGGGAAUGCUGAGGAGGCCGCCCUGUGGAGGGAGCUGGUGCGCAAGGUCCUGGCGGAGGAGGCGGUGACACUGGGCGGGAGUCUGGACGAAAACUGUCAGGAGGUGCUGAAGUUCGCCACGCGGGAGAACGGCUUCCUGCUGCGGUACCUCGUGGCCAUCCCCACGGAGAAAGGCCUCGACUCCCAGGGCUGCUUCUGUGCAGGUGCCCCCUUGCUGUCCCGCCACCCCCAGCCUGCCCGCCUCACUCUGCCUCGGGUGGGGCUCCCGAUUUAGUCUCUCUGCCCUUUCCUGGCUCUCCACGAGCGCCCCCAUGCCACCCCUGGGAUGUUGCAGCAGACGUAGCCUCUGCUCCUCCCCAGCACCCACCGAGGCCAGCAGCCAUGCCGAGGGUUGGGACCUGUGGGUGCACAGCUCUGCCGGGUGCUGCUGUCUCUGCUCAGGGAGCUCCAUCCAGGGAGCUGUGCUCUCCGCCCCCUUCAUUAUUAUAUCACCCUAUCAUUGGAUUCUUUUGGAGCAGGGGCACGGCACCCUUGCAGAUACUUCUGCAUGCUUUUGCAAGUGCACACAGUCUUUUUCGCUUAACCAAAAUGGGCUCAUCCUACUGAAUGCUGUGCAAUAGAACAUUCUCCGAUGGUGAAAAUAUCCUAGAUCGGUGCUAAUAUGGUAACUACAAGCCACCUGUGGCCCCUGAGGACUUCAAAUGUGGCUAGUGUGACUAAGGAACCAAAUUUUCAGUUUAACUUAAAGGUAUUUAAAUUGAAAUGGGCACCUGAGGCUUGUGGCCACCGUACGGGCCAGCACAGCUGUAUAUAUUGUUCUGCAACUUGGUUUUGUUCUACUGAGGAAUGUAUUAUGGAUAUUAUUCUACGUCAGUACAUCUGCCGUAUCAUUACUGUC